AUGCACGCAGAAAACACCAACACCCAAACAGAUCCAGCGCAUGCAGAGACUGGUCUUGGGACGCAGCUACCAAAUGCAUCACGUGGAACACAAAGAGACACAGCAGGAGAGAUGUACAAGAUGCGGUACAACAACCAUGCUGAAGGCUCGCGAACAAAGUCAGGCCGUUCAGAAUGGUUCUACUUUAGGUACAGGACACGCGGAGCUCUCGGCGGCUCCGUCCUCGUCCCCAGGACAUGGUGGGCCACCGUCCUAGACUUUGCUGGUGCAUUCAAGCUCCUCCUACAGCUCAUCAUGAUCCCUGACGCUCUUUCUGCUGUUCUGAUCUCUGUGGCAAGCGUGCUGCUGUAUGACAGGUACGGUUCGAAGUUCAGCACGAACAUGAACUGGGUAGCAGUGAGUAUCAUGCUGGUGUUUCCGAUCUCGAACAGCAUCACCAACGCCUUCAAGCGCAGAGAGCAGGCGAUCGCAGAGCUGUGUACCUUCCGCACACAAGUGGUCAAUAUCUUUCUCGCUCAUGCUGUGUGGGAUUGGGCAUCAUCUACAGGAUGGUACGGGAGGGACGAGCUGAGUACAGCUCCUCCUGCUCCCCCAGGUCAGUCUGACAGGAGGAUCAAGGCCAAGGGGCUGGUUGAGCUCAAUCGCAACCACCAAGCGCGGGUCAAGACCCUCCUGCUCGCCAUCGUGGACUCGUUGGAGGAGCUGCUGCUGGUGCCGCGGCGGGGGAGGAUGCGGCACAUGAACGGGUGCUGCGGGACGACGGAGAAGGAUCUGGUAGAGAAGGCAGAGAAGCAUGGGAGGGAUAUGCUGGUGAGAUUGAUCGGGCGACUGCAUCGGGCGACUGAAGAGCUCAAGGCUGCCGGCAUGCCAGGCAACGAGUCAAGCAGAUUGAAUCAGUACGUUAUGUUCCUCAACAAGUCCUUCGAGAACCUCUGGGCCUUCAAAGUCUACAGAACUUCCGCCUCCCUCCGCGCCCUCAGCCUCAUCACGACGCAGAUCAUGCCGAUGUUCUACGGGCCCUACUUCCUGCACAUCGCGCGAGGAGAGGGGAGCGAGAACAACGUGGGCUUUGCCUGCGCGUUUGCGAGCUUGAUCUCGGUGCUGCUUGUCGCUCUGAUCUCCCUCGAGCGACAGCUUGAGAAUCCUUUCCGGUUUGGGAGCACAGACACGAUCAGGUGA